AUGUUCUAUCUCAGAUCUGAGACAAUCGAAGCUCUCAUUCAGAACGACUUCCUGGAAUCAAGUUUCUGUUUAUCUCGCAGGAGACGGAUGUUCAAGGGAGACAACCGGGGCGUCUUCAUUACGACCCAGACCGCGGCCGGUGAACAAGUUCCAAGAAGUCGUCGAGACAUGUUCUUCGAGGUUCUUUCUGAUGUCUGGCCAUCCGAUUCAGAGCAGAUUGGCUGGAUCGACGCGUAG